AGUUUUGGGUGUAGUGUGCCAACAAUUUCUGUAUUCUUCCAUCACUGAUACCACUAACCACAUGAUGACCUAGGGAGGAGGGAAGAGACAUGAAAGCUAAGGGAAUGAGAGUUUCAAUUAGGAACUCCCAGUAGAGAGAGGAUUCUUUGCUGAACAGACACUUUGAAUUUCUUUGCUCCUUCCUAAAGCUCAGCCCCCAAUGUGAUAAGCCAAGUACCAAGCCUGUGCCCAUUUUCCUUGAGGUGGAAGGGAAAGGAACUCUUCUUCAGAGGGUGGAGAGACUCUAUUGAGGACUCAAAUCUAGAUCUAGCUGCUUUCUUUUCCUCAUUUCUAGACUUAUCUCUAGACAGCCUAGUGGUCUAUUGGCAUCUCUAAGUCAGCACACCCCAAAUAGAACUCAUUAUCUUUCCCUGCAUACCUGCUCUUCUCCCUGCAGUCCUUAUUUCUAUGAGGGGCACCACCAUCCACCAAGUUGCUCAAGUUAGAAACCUGGAGACUAAGGAUAGGGACCAAGUUGCUGAGGGGGCAUAGUACCACUGUAAUCAGAUUCAGCUAACGUUUUGAGAGGUUUAAAGAUCAUACAGAUAAAAAUAAUGAAGCUAUAGAUUUGAACCCAGUCCUCCUGAGUUAAAUUCUUUGCCUGCUCUUCUCUUCUGUGCUGUCUUUCCUUAAGGAGUGGAAGAAGAGUAGGCUCACAGGAACACAGUCCUUAAAUAGCAGAAGAGCUAUCACAUGGAAGAACCAGCUUACCCUGCACAGACUCAGAAGUAAACCCAAAACCAAUUAGUGCCUUCUUCAGAGAAGUACAGAUAACAAUCCAAUGUGAGGAAAAGUUUAUUACUCAAAGCUGGCCAAAUGUGGGAGCUCUGGGAUGUGGAUGUGAGAAGGUGAGCAAGGAAGGCAGAUGGCGACAAGGAACAGCCCUAGCCCCAUGGGCGCUGCUCAGGGUGACCCUGGAGAGGCAGGAGCACUGCCAGGCUCUGAUACUGGCAUCCGAGACACAGGUUCAGCCGCCCAGCUGAAGGUGAAGCCCAAGAAGGUGCGUAAGAUCAAGGCGCUCAUCAUCGACCUGGGCUCCCAGUACUGUAAGUGUGGCUACGGGGGGGAGCCGAGGCCCACCUACUUCAUCUCCUCCACUGUGGGCAAGCGCUGCCCCGAGGCAGCCCACGCCGGUGACACCCGCAAGGAGACCUUCGUGGGCCACGAGCUGCUCAACACAGAAGUGCCUCUCAAGCUGGUUAACCCGCUAAAGCACGGCAUCGUGGUGGACUGGGACUGCGUCCAGAACAUCUGGGAGUACAUCUUCCACACGGCCAUGAAGAUCCUCCCUGAGGAGCACGCCGUGCUCGUCUCCGACCCUCCGCUCAGCCCCAGCAGCAACCGGGAGAAGUAUGCGGAGCUCCUGUUCGAGACCUUCAGCAUCCCCGCCAUGCACGUGACGUCCCAGUCGCUGCUGUCCAUCUACUCCUACGGCAAGACCUCGGGGCUGGUGGUGGAGAGCGGGCAUGGUGUCUCACACGUGGUGCCCAUCUCGGAGGGCGAUGUGCUGCCGGGUCUGACGAUGCGUGCCGACUACGCAGGGAGCGACCUCACCAACUACCUGAUGCAGCUGCUGAACGAGGCGGGCCACAAGUUCACGGACGACCACCUGCACAUCAUCGAGCACAUCAAGAAGAAGUGCUGCUACGCGGCCCUCAUGCCGGAUGAGGAGCUUAGACUGCCCCUGGAGGAGCUGCACGUGGAGUAUGAACUCCCCGACGGCCAGCUCAUCACCAUCGGCCAGGAGCGCUUCCGGUGCUCUGAGAUGCUCUUCAAGCCCUCCCUGGUGGGCUGCAGCCAGCCCGGCCUCCCUGCGCUCACCGCUGCCUGCCUGGGCCACUGCCAGGAGGCAGGCUUCAAGGAGGAGAUGGCCGCCAACGUGCUGCUGUGUGGGGGCUGCACCAUGCUAGAUGGCUUCCCCGAGCGCUUCCAGAGGGAGCUGAGCCUCCUCUGCCCUGGUGAUAGCCCCGCUGUGGCUGCCGCUCCUGAGAGGAAGACCUCAGUGUGGACCGGCGGCUCCAUUCUGGCCUCACUGCAGGCCUUCCAGCAGCUCUGGGUCAGCAAGGAAGAGUUCCAGGAGCGGGGCUGCGCCGCCGUCUACAAUAAGUGCUGAGCAGUGGCUCCCUGACCAGGAAAGCCUCGUGGACAGGCAGCCGCAGUCCACUGCAUACAAAUUUACAAAAUUUCACAUAAAACUUUAAUUUGCAUUG